AUGGACCAAGAGAGGAGAGAGGUGGCUUUACGUUUCGGAAUACCCACCACCGCUCCCUUCCCCCUCCCCAGGCUUGCAAGCGACACUUGGCGCGUUGAGUAUGUGCAUAACGUUGCCUCCCAGCCCGAUUAUAGCCUCAUUAAAGGGUGGAUUCGUCAGUGUUCCGACGCACAUUCUAGCUGCGAAUCACGCAACUGCCCGGAGUUGCGCAAAGCUCGCAUGGUGGAUGUCGAGCAUCGCGUUAUAACCUCUCUACCAGACGACUGCGAGUAUUUUGCUUUAAGCUAUGUUUGGGGCGGAGUUCAACAGCAGUCCGGUCCUCCCGCUGGUCCCCUUCCCGAUCAGCUUGGCUUGACCAUCGAGCACGCCAUCACGGUAGUGCGAAACCUAGGGUACAGAUACCUCUGGGUUGAUUCAUUGUGCAUUGAUCAAUGCAACCCCGAUGAGAAACAUGAUCAGAUAGGUCUCAUGCAUCGUAUCUAUCACAGCGCCUUUGCCACGAUUAUUGUUCUUGACAGCCCAAACGCCAAUAGUGGGAUCCCGGGGGUAGGAAGCAGCCGAAACGCCUCGCAAAUAUGGGCCCAGUUUGGUAAUAACCAGAUCCUCUCAAAAUGUCCGUCAAUGUCUUCAGAGUUAGGGCGCUCGGUCUGGGCAACCAGGGCUUGGACCUAUCAAGAAGGGCUUUUAUCGCGCAAACGCCUCGUCUUCACGAAUAACCAGGUACACUUUGUUUGCAAC